AUGGAGAAAAAGGAAGAUGAGAAAGCAAAUAAGAUAACUUUUAGGAGCGUCCCAGAAUUUAGAGGGCUAUUUAUUGACCAGUGUUUGGCACAAGCUACUGAGUAUGGAUUUUCUGGAACUUCUUUGAAGCAAACUUCGUGGGGAAAUUUGUGCAAGUUCUUUUCUGAGAAGUAUGACAGCACCAUCACACAAAAAAAGUUGAGAAACCACUGGGAUUACUUGCGAACCCAAUAUGUCACUUGGUCCCGUCUCUUAGCAAGAACCGGACAUGGGUAUAACGCGGAGACGAACACAUUUGAUUGGAGCGAAGAGCAAUGGAUUGAAUUAGACAAGACAAUCAAAAACGCUAGUCAAUUCAAGAACAAGGGGCUGGAAGAUGCAGAGAAGUUGCAGAAUUUAUUUGAUGGGAAAUUCUCCACUGGAGCUAAUAGAGAUACGCCUGGAAGAGUGGAACCGCCUUGUUCAGCUGGAACUUCUAUAACUGCAGGGGUUUCAAAUAAUGGAUCUGAAUCUCGUACAAGUCAUGGAAAAGAAAAAAAUCAUGAGGAUGACAACGAGGUUGAUUCUAGUCUCAAUGCAAAGGGGAGUGGCAGGAAAAGGAAGAAGGAAAUGGAGGAAGAAUCAAGUGAUCUAUUAACUGAGAAAGUUUGUUCUAUUGUAACAUCGAUGGAGACUCAUCUUCAACAUAAGAAACUUGCUCUAGAAAAGGAUAGCGCAGCCGAAUUCAUGAAAGCUUUGGAUAAUUUACUUGAGACUGAUUGCAUCACAAUGGAUGAGUAUUUGAGCAUAACUCUAAAAGCUUCAGAUAUGCCUGGUUGGCAGAAAUUGUUUGUCAGUUUGAAAAGCGAUGAGCGUCGUGUUGCCUUUGUACACAAACUUUUAAAAGAACGUUGAGAAAUCUUGAAUACUCAUCCAC